GGCGAUCACACGUCUUUCUCCCGACUGCCAUCCCAACCAGUGCCCGCCGCCGUCGCAUACAGCGCCGGCCAGCAACGCCAUGUUCGCUUUUGAAGAUCUCGAUAGCUGCCUCGUCUGCGGCAAGCUGCUCAAGGUCGACGGUACUGCCUACUGCAGUGACGAGUGCCAAAGCCUCGACACCGCCUCGCCCUGCCUCUCUUCGGAGAGCAGCGCGUUAUCCUCCCCACAUAUAGGCUGCGAGACUACUGCUGGCGACGUACCGCCCCUCGUCCCAUCCGCCUUGGGCUCCGCGCUAUCGACCUACCGCUCCAGGAAUCGCUACUCGGUCUCCUCAUCCUCCGCCUCAUCUACCGCUUGGUCGGCGGGGGAGGACGAUGACGAGGACGACGACACGGGCGCCAGCGAGUACAGCUCUCAGGACGGCGACGACGUCGAGCCCAAGACUAGCACGCCCGCUACCACCAUGCACACCGUCCAUCACCCUCCCAUCUCGUACGCUCGCCGACCUUCGGGUACCAACACCCGCUCGGUUGUGCCCCACCUGCACCGGCGUACGUCCUCGCAGUCGUCGUCUGGGCACGUGCGCGGCACUCCGCAGAGCGUCCCCGUCCACUCGCGCAUGCGCGGCGGCAUGGACGACGACGACAUGUACUCGGACUGCAUGUCCUCACGCGACGAGUCCGACUACGCUGAGGACGAGCAGGACGAGGGCGCCAAGCUUCGAAAGCAAUCGACGAUAACAAAAGCGAAGCGUUCCCGCAAUCGCGCCAGCCUCCCCGCGUACUUCUCUCUCCUUCAAAUGGAUACGUCUAUGCCUCUAGGCUCGCCGAAGAAGACCACUCAGCGGCAAUCACCGACCACACCGAGGUUGAGCCUUGUGGAACCACCACCAGGUCUCAUGUCCGCCCCGCCGACUACCCUUACCCAUUGCACGCCCCGGGGCCGUCGGAGAGACCUGGCGCAGUCGCGAAGCACCGACCGCGACCGGUCGACACGGUCUACUUCCCGCUCGCGUCACGAGACAAUAGUCGGGCGCUCUCCACCCUUCCGCUCUCGCACCGGCGUGCAGGGCAGCGUGGAGAAGGUGUUCGACUGGGCGAAUGUCGGCCUUCUGCGAGGUCGGACGUCGGUCCGCAGGAACAGCUCGCCGCCACCGAAGAUGCAGAUUCGUCCAGAGGAGCGCGUACGUGGUCCGUCUGCCGACGACGGCCGUCGCGGCCGCGCACGCGUGCAGGAGUUGGAUGGGAUUGGGACGAGCGCCGCGCACCCGGGGUUCGGUUGGGCACCGCGGUUUGGACCGAAAUCAUGGCGGCUUGAAUUGAGCUUUUACGGGAUGUAAACUCCGAAUGUUGUCCAGCUUCUCCAAAUCGUGCUGGAUUCGUACAAGGCCCGCGUGUUAUGUGAGUUUAGGCAGGCAACGCCGAAUCAUGCCUCGUCAAA